AUGGCCUCCGACGCCACUUCGGCCUCGGCCGCCGAGCUCUACGACUCUACCAUGACAGUCCCUUCCGAUUCAGAGAACUACUCCGCAAAUCAUGAAACAUCCUCCUCGGCGCCAUCAACUGCAAGCUCGCCCAUGAUCCUGUACAAGCCCCCAAGCAUCUGGGGUCUUGUACGUGGAGCGGCCAUCAACCUCUUCCUCCCUUUUGUCAACGGUCUUAUGCUAGGCUUUGGCGAGUUAUUCGCGCACGAGGCUGCCUUCCGACUAGGGUGGUCUAAUACCAAGAUCUUCCCCAACUACCGCCGGUCACACCCAGUGGGCCCAGGUGUUGAGAUGCGAGAACUUCCCUCGGAGCGCAGUCGGAGUGGAUUGAGAGACACAACUUCUUUGGAAUAA